AUGAAUGUUAUGUCUGAAGUUGAAGAAAACAUUAAACGUCUUACAGCAAACAAACACGUACAAGGUGUAUUGAUCGUUAAUGAAGAUGGACAAAUUAUUAAAUCAACUUUAGAACCUACGUUGAAUAAAAAAUAUUCGGAUUUAAUCACCAAAUUAGUAGAACAAACAAUCUUUUGUAUUAAAGAAAUGGAUGAUACCAACGACUUAACUUUCUUGCGGGUUAGAACUAAGAAACACGAAAUUUUAAUUGCACCAG